CAAAAGUAGAUCUGCAACACUUCUAGUCUGAAGACGCUAGCGUCUAGCCUUUUUUCUCUAAAAUGGGGAGUCCCUCAUUGGCCCUCCUCUUGGUCUUUGCCGUCCUGCUGCUGAACGCUGAUCUAGGGUCGUGCGGCUGCUUCAAGCGCAUCUUCGCAUUCGGCGACUCCAUCAUCGACACGGGCAACUUCCACCCAGGUUCGAUGUGGAGCCCCCCUUAUGGAGGGACCUACUUCCACCGUCCCACGGGCCGCUGCUCAGACGGGCGUCUCAUUGUGGACUUCUACGCGCAAGCGUUGGGGCUGCCACUGCUCACACCGAGUGGGCCCGAGGAGAAGACGGGGCAGUUCCGGACCGGUGCCAACUUCGCCGUGUUAGGCUCUAUUGCCCUGAGCCCGGACUACUACAGUAAAAGGUAUAACUUCAGUAUGCCGCACUGGUGCCUCGACUGGGAGCUCGGUUCCUUCAAGGCAGUGCUCGCACGGAUAGCUCCUGGAAAAGCUGCAACCAAACGUCUCCUCAGCGAGUCCCUCAUCAUCUUUGGCGAGAUCGGUGGCAACGACUACAACUUCUGGUUCUACGAUCGCCAGCGCAGCCGUGACACGCCCUAUAAGUACAUGCCCGACAUCAUCGCCCGCAUAGGCUCCGGCGUCCAGGAGGUGAUCAACCUCGGUGCCAAGACGAUCCUUGUUCCUGGAAACUUCCCCAUCGGGUGUGUCCCGAUUUACCUGAGUGGGCACAAGACUAACAAGUCUGCCGACUAUGACCAAUUCGGCUGCCUCAAGUGGUACAAUACGUUCUCCCAGAAGCACAACCAACUGUUGAGGCAGGAGGUCGGCCGGCUCAGGUCUCGCAACCCUGGCGUGAAGGUCAUCUACGCCGACUACUAUGGCGCCGCCAUGGAGUUUUUCAGGAACCCUAAGAGGCAUGGCAUCGACGACCCCCUGGUGGCGUGUUGUGGUGGCAACGGCCCCUACGGCACCGGCCGUGGGUGCGAUCAGAACGCAAAGGUUUGCCGUGACCCGUCCAGGUUCGCCAACUGGGACCAGGUUCACAUGACGGAGAAGGCAUACAGUGUCAUCGCCAAUGGGGUGCUCAACGGCCCGUAUGCGGACAUUCCGUUGCUCCACGCUUGCUAGGAGAAUUUUCUUUCGAGACUUGAAGAAAUGUUGCUGCAACCAAGAUCUGUUAUGCGCUAGCUUUUGGAAUUUUUAAUCUUGUAUCACCAUCUCAAUUGGUCAUGAAUGAAAUGGUUGGAUCUGUUGCU